AUGUUCCAAUUAAGACCUGGGAUUACAAAUUUAUUGAAGGAUGGAAGUAGGGCGUUUUCUGGCCUAGAUGAGGCUGUAUUAAGGAAUAUUGAGGCUUGUGUGAAUCUAAGUGAGAUGAUUCAAACGUCAUAUGGCCCAAAUAGCAUGAACAAGUUGAUUGUGAACCAUCUAGGAAAACAGUUCAUUACUAGCGAUUUAACAACAAUUAUAGAGGAACUAGACAUUCAACAUCCAGCAGCAAAUAUGAUAGUAAUGGCAUGUAAAAGACAAGCUGAAGAGUAUGGCGAUGCAAGCAGUACGGUUUUGAUUUUCGCAGGGGAAUUGCUAAGAAAUGCUGCAAAGCUCCUCAACGAUAAUGGUUUGCAUCCUUCAGAUAUUGUAUCAGGAUACGAGAUAGCUCUAGAAAGAUCACUAUCUUUACUAAAUGGAAUGGUGGCACAUAGAGUUGCCAACUUUAAGAACAUUGAUGAUCUAUCUGCAAUUGUAAGGCCAUUGAUUUCAACAAAAAAUACUGGAUAUUCCGACUUAAUCACAAGGUUGACAUGCGAAGCCAUUUCAAGCAUAAUGCCAGACGAGGAUAAAUUAAAAGAAUUUAAUAUAGACAAUGUAAGGAUUGUUAAACUCUUGGGAGGAUCUCCAAUGCAAUCAUUCACAAUAAAUGGUAUGAUGGUCAGUAGAGAACCUGGAGGAACAGUUAGAAACCUGGACAAGGUUUCUAAUGUAAUGGUUUUGGGAUGUGGACUGGAGAUGUCUGGAACAGAAGCAAAGGGAACAGUCGUUUUAAAUAACGCUCAAGAACUAUUGGAUUUUACAAAAGGUGAGGAAUCUUUGGUUGAAAAUUUGAUUAAAGAUAUCAAACAGACUGGUAAGAUUGAUGCAAUUAUUGCUGGUGGUCCAAUUUCAGAUAUUGCACAGCACUUUUGCAACAAGUAUGAUAUAUUAACUUUAAGAAUCACGUCUAAAUGGGAACUAAGACGUGUUUGCCGUAGUCUAGGAGCUGUUGCAAUGGUUAGAUUGGGUGUUCCUCUUCCGGAGGAAAUUGGAAAAGCCAGUUCUAUCAAGGUUGAGGAAAUUGGUUCAAAGAAGGUGACUGUAAUUAAUGCUCUUAACACCAAAGUAAGCUCGGUUAUUCUCAGAGGAGCCACUCAGGGAAUGCUGGAUGAAAUGGAAAGAGCUAUAGGAAAUUCAGUUUCUGUUGUGAAAUCAUCCACAAAAGAUAAUCGAUUUGUAGCGGGCGCUGGAGCUACUUUUGUUGAACUUUCUAGAUGCUUGAGAGCAUCUGACAGAUCUGAAAACAAGUGCCAACAAAACUCAGUUGAUGUUGCUGUUCCUGGAAUGGAGGAGUACGCAGUAAAUAUGUUUGCUGAGGCCUUAGACGUUUUUCCAAGACUCUUGGCAGGUAAUUCUGGGUUAAAUUCUACUGAUCUUUUGGCAUCAUUACAUGCGAUACAUCAACAAGGUUCCCAACCACAUAAAGGAAUAAACGUUUUCUGUAGUUCAGAAACUUCUCCAAUUGUGGAUUGCAUAUCGAAUACUGAACAGAGAAUUGGCUUAAUUGUUGAUCAUCUUGGUACACUUUGUUCUGCCUUAAAGUUGGCAACAGACUCAGCAGUUACCAUUCUUAAGAUAGAUGAAAUCAUUAUGUCAAAACCUGCAGGAGGUCCAAAACCCCGCUCUCAAGAUGAUGACAUGGACUAA